CAGUCGCUGCUGCGGACAUCGCUCCAAGCAUGACGUCGCUGACGGUCACGAUAUGUGUGGCGCUAGCGUUUGCCGCGGUGCUAGCGGUGCCUAUUAAAGACGGAGCUGAAACCGAAGAGGUAGCCCGUGAGAAACGUUCGCCAGGAGGCUGGCACUCUCCACCACCAAAAGGAGUCUGGAAAAAAAAACUCAUCUGGAAAGAGGAAUGGAAACAAAUCUGGAAAACUGAAAAGAAGCUCAUCUGGAAAACGGAAUGGAAGAAGGAAAAGGUUCCGGCGUGGAAAACUGAAAAAGUACAACAGUGGAAAGAAGAACAAGUCCCCGCCUGGAAAAUAGUAAAAAAGCCUAUUUGGAAGGAAGUACAAGUGCCAAUUUGGAAGGAAGUUCAAGUCCCAGCUUCGAAAAAAGUAUGGAAACCAGUAUGGAAGGAAAUUCAAGUCCCAGUGACUAAACAUGUACAGGUACCAGAGUGGAAACAGAGUUACGUCCCCGCGUGGGUGAAGGAAGGUGUGCCCGGAGAGAAAUAUCUCGGCAAGGACGACCAUGGUUGGGAAUACACCAGUCACGACCUCUGGAGGAAAAAAAUGAUCUGGAAGCCAGUAUGGAAAAAAGUCUGGAAGAACGUGGAAAAACAGGAGUGGGUAACCGAGAAAAAACUUGAAUGGAAGGAAGAGUGGAAACAGAUCUGGAAAACCGAGAAAAAACAAGCUUGGGUCACUGAAAAGAAGGAGGAAUGGGUAGAAGAAAAAGUCCAAAUCUGGAAGACAAUCAAAAAAGAAGUGUGGGUACCUGUACAGAAAAAGAUCUGGGUAGAGAAAUGGAAGCAAAUCCAGGUGCCAGUCUGGAAAGAAAUCGAAGUUCCAGCUUGGAAGAAAGUGUGGAAACCGGUCUGGCAAAAAGUCUGGGUCGAGAUUCACGACGACCAUCAUGGAUGGGAUUGAAAUUAGGUACAAAUCACGACAUAUUUUUGUAUAUAGAGAAAAGUAAAUAACAUAGUCAUUUGUUAACUAAUUGUUACCAUUUUAUACCAAGAUUAUCGAUUUUUUUGUAAAUAUAAUACGAAUAUAAGAAUAAUACUCAUGAAGCUAGUUUGCCGAUUCGGUAAGUAUUAAUUCUCUAAUCGGUUCGGUGGCGUACGCGGAGGGGAAUGCUUUCUCUGCAAGUUGUGAAUGUUGGAACAAAAUUUAAAGAGUGAAAAAGUUUUUGGUUUCGCCUUGCGCCUUGGGAAAUUAAUAAAAAGGUACAAUUUUGUAUAAAGAGUAGAAUUACGAAACAUGGGAACUUGUUACUACUUGAAACGUAAUCUUGUUCACUUCCUAACUGUGAGGUCGCAAUCUUUGGCCAUUGAGAGCAGAUCUCGUGAAACGCGAUACAAUGGCCGUAAGGCGUACAAUCCAACAAUUCAAGCGCUUAAGUUUUGUUACAAUGUUUACCUUUAUAUUUUGUGGUUUGAUUUGUGUGACCUUAGUAUAUUCGCUUGUUUAGUAUUUUUGAAGACGUACUUUUGCAAAACUCGUUGUUUUGCAAAAGUAUAAAAUUAUUUUCGAAUGUUAAAGAAAGAAAUUUCCUUGUGUAUUCUUAUGUGUAUGUGCAUGUGAUACUACACAGUUUAAAUAAAAAUGGUAAGCCUGUUUGUGAGAACCGAUUUACGCAUUUCUUUCAUAAGCCGCUCUAUUAACAAAAGCAAUACCAUCGGCAUUCUACUUAAAAUUGUAUUCUUUAUUUUAUAUUUUCUAUGAAAAUUCUAGAAUAAUUUUAUAUCGUUAAAUAGAGGGUCUCAAAACUCCGAAAUAUUUUUUAUCCGCGUUCCAGAAUCAUAAUUUUGAACUUAUUACAGUGAUGCAUUUAAGAAUAGAUCACAGUAAUUUGGUUUUGGUCAAAAAAUAUUUGUGAGUCUCAAAAUAUAGACACGGACUUCUUAAAGGUUAAUUGUUGAACCUUAUUAUUUAAUUGUACACCUCUGACAUUAAAACAGUUUACAAAAUAAAAGUACAGUCCGCACGACGUUCGUAAAGAACGAUUCGAUAAUUAAUCAUUUACAGAAGUUCAAAUAUCGUUAUAAAAAUGCAAUUGUUUUUAUAUGUUUUUAUUUACUUCUAAGCUCUACCAAUACACAAAUUAAGAAACGAAUAAAGUUUUGUUUAUAAUUCUCCCGUCCACCAUUUAAAACGCGGCUAGGUUUUAAAUAUAAAAGACUUUCUUUUCAAAACAGUUAAAAUGAGUUAAC